AUGCAGCCCUGCUCAGUUCACACGGAAUUGGGAGACGUGUCUUGCUACUCCCCUCUGCACCCUCCCAAUCCACCCCACUAUGCUGAUCGCUACCUGGACUCCUGUGCCCUUCGUGAGACGCAUGGUCACCCGCCCCUCAGGGCCUCCCUGCCGCAGGGGGUGGCGUCGGCAGGGGGAGGCGUGCGGAAGAGCCUCAAGGUGACCAGUAUUGGGGUGCAGCUCGAGAUGAAGGGGCUCUGGGACAAGUUCAACCAGCUGGGCACUGAGAUGAUUGUCACCAAGGCAGGCAGGCGCAUGUUCCCAACAUACCAAGUGAAGAUUCUCGGGAUGGACCCAGCGUCUGACUACGUGCUGCUGAUGGACUUCACCCCCCUCGAUGACAAAAGAUACAGGUACGCGUUCCACAGCUCCUCCUGGCUGGUUGCUGGCAAGGCUGAUCCUGCUGCCCCGGGCCGAGUGCACUUCCACCCCGACUCCCCUGCGAAAGGUGCUCAGUGGAUGAAGCAGAUUGUCUCCUUCGAUAAGCUCAAACUCACCAACAACCUGCUGGAUGACAACGGACACAUCAUCCUGAACUCCAUGCAUCGCUACCAGCCACGCUUUCACGUGGUCUAUGUGGAUCCUCGUAAAAACAGCGAGCGGUAUGCCGAGGAAAACUUCAAAUCAUUCCUGUUCGAGGAGACGAGAUUCACUGCUGUGACCGCCUACCAGAACCACAGAAUCACCCAGUUAAAGAUCGCCAGUAACCCCUUUGCCAAGGGCUUCCGAGAGUGUGACCCCGACUGGUCUAACAGGAACAGCAAUCUGCCCCUGACCAUCCCCUACUGCCGGCCAAGGGGAGGCCCCCACAGCAAGCAGCAGCACCCGGGCUCCUGUUUGGAUUCGCUUGGUCAAGGUUUGCCCCUGGAUUUGCCCACCUCUAGUGUCUCCUCUCAGGCUUUUCUAGCUGCCCCUCUCCCUCUGAGCCCUUCCUCCUACAGAUACCCCCCCUACACAACCCCCUGCCUGGGGGGGCGAGAGCGAGCAGCCCUGCACCCACUGGGAAUGUCACAUCAAGCCCUGUCUUUUCACGACACACAGUGACCCCGCUCCCUGGGAUUCAGGAGCUAGUAGAGGAUUGGGUGCAGAUGUGAGCAAUUGAUUUGGUGUCUCUUGUGUCCGCGGAACUCUCCCUGUGACAUCACUGUUCUGUUU